AUGUACAAGGACAAUAGCUGCAGCAGCACCGCAACCACAACAGGACUUGUCGACCGCGACAGUGCUGAGUCUGAGGAGUCUGAGGAUGUUGGCGCGGGCCUAACAACGACAAGAGAAACAGUUCUAACAGCGACAACAGCAACAACGAGCUCUGCUGUCGACGACAAAGACGACGUAGACGACAGCAACAGCGACGACGACUGCAAAGGAAUCGUAGGGGGACACCACAACGAUCCCAACGCUAAGGCUGAAGAAGAAGCCGAGGUCGACGCUGACGCUAGCAGCAUUGAUAGCAGCAUUUCCAGCAGCAGGAGUAGGAUCAGCAGCACUAACGAGGAAGCCGGCGAGGGAGGGGCAGCACAUCCAUUGCGAUUUCCAUCUUCAGCCAGUACCACCAGCGCCACCUCCUUCGUUGUGGUCAGCGCCGCCGCGAAUGCUUUGGAGGCAGCUCAUAACCAAGGUCUCAUACCCACCCAUAGCCACGUAAGUGGAACUGGACAUGCAGCACUGGUGGGCGGCGGGCGACGUCACAAACACAAGCAUCAGCAUCAGUUACAGUCCCCGCACGCCGGUGCCGCGGCUGCUGCAGCGGCGGCAGCUGCUGCGCUAAGCGCUGAUGUGCGUCUUCUCCGAAAAAUCGGCUACAUAGCGUCGCGAGUACGCGGCCUCGCCAGGUAUUACGGGGACUUUCGACUCGUCAAUCCCUACAGCGCACAUCGCCAGCGUCGACAGCUACAGGAGAUACUCCUGAAGCACUCCAUCUUUGACCCGGGACGGGAGCGUGAACGUGCGCUGCUGCUUGCUGCCGCAGCUGUAGCUGUUGGUGCAGCGGCAGCCGCGUCCACAAUAGAGGGCGAGAGUCCCAGUCGGAGUCGCAGUAACAGCCACAGCCACAGUCGCAGUCGCAGCCGGAGUCAAAGCAGCAGUUGCAGCGGCAGUGGGGACGUCAGCCGUGGAAGCUCGAACGCCAGCAGCACGGCAAAGUUGGACACCAGCGUCGAGGAAGACGUUGAAAUAGGCGACGACGACGCUGUCACAAACGUGCUGGUUGCGGCUACAAACACAACAACCACAGCUACGGCAACGACGACGGUUCGCCGCAAAUCGUUGGGCUCUUCGACCACAGCAUCCGUGGUUUCAGCAACGACAUCCACGUCGACCCAACGAUCACCGAUCAGACUGCUCGAGGAGUUGCUCAUUCAGUUCUACGAAGAUCAGCGUAGCAGCCAGCUGACUGUGAUUAGACGACGACGCAGCAACGGCAUUGGUCUUGGGCUUGGUUACGCUCACGAUAUCUGCAGGAACGGCACUAGCAACAACAACAACGACAAUAACAAGAACGGACACGGACACGGACGUGCAACCGAAAGCGGAAACAAGAACGGAAAGGAGAGUAAUAGCAACGGCGAAUCACCAAUCACACCGCUUAAUUUUCUGAUGUCGUCAUCGAGCGUAGAGCGUCUGUCUCAGCCGCCGCCCCCGUCAGCGUCGUGCAGCGGCGGCAACAGCGACAGCAGCAGCAGCAAUAACGACAACAACAUAGAUCGUGCAGUGGAGGGCGGUGCCUCCGAGCCUGGCACCACCGACAAAACCAUUAACUACAACAACUACAAUGCAAACACCACCUCAGCCGCCCCUACAUCGGCGAUCGCGGCACAGUCGCCACAGGCCGCCGCCACAUCUAGUCAGCAGCGCAGCCUGUCCGCAUUCCUGCAACCGGACGCAGACAACCCACGCCGUCGGCGUGCCAGUGAUUGCUCACCUCUGCACGUGGGUGGUCACGCGGCAGUACAUGCCGCCGCCGCUCUAUCCAACCAGCUGCAAAUGACCCUGAAGAACAACAACUGUGCCACUACGACGGCGGCCAAGUUCCCCUUUCAUCGCGGAAGCUGUGGUGCCGCCGGUGAGCAUCUGUUGGCUGCCAACUCGAUCGCAAAUCGCGCCACUAUUAUCCUAAGCAAAUCCUGCAGCAACGUCGACGGCGGUACUGCCUCGCCCACGGGAAUCGGCCUGGCUUCUGUCGGUGGCCAGCUACGUGCCAGCGCCACCGACAUUAAGUCGAAUGCGUUGGCUGACGCAAGGGACGCGGUGGCAGUCGCAGCUGCGGCCGCCGCUUCCAACAACGGCAACAAUGAGUACAGCAUUCUGCAGCUAAAUAACACAAUCAUACAGUGUCACUUCAACGACGACGACUUCCGCGCUCUAGUUAGAGAUCUCAAGCGAAAAGUUGAGUACACGGAACGCAUGAAUUGGCUAUGUCUCUCUAAGCGGCCUCUAGGUCCGCCGCAUCGUAAAAGCAGUCUACCAAAGCAUCAGGAGGUGAAGCGACGCUUCCUGGAAAUUUGUGAUACCACCUUUUCCGACGAGGUGAAAGCGGCGCUGCGUUUGCCCGCGUUCGAUUCCUACGAGUGGAGCGAUGCCGACGUUAUACACCUAAUGCAAACGAUGUUCAUCGAAUUGGGUUUCAUUGAGAAGUUUAACAUACCGGUAGAUACGUUGCGCGAGUGGCUCUACGAGGUUUACAAGCACUACAAUGAGGUUCCGUUUCAUAAUUUCCGACAUUGCUUUUGCGUGGCACAAAUGAUGUAUGCCAUCACACGUCAAGCGAAUCUGUUAAGUCGGCUUGGCGACUUGGAAUGUCUCAUACUGCUGGUAUCCUGCAUAUGUCACGACCUUGACCACCCAGGCUACAAUAACAUCUAUCAAAUAAAUGCACGUACUGAAUUGGCGCUCAGAUACAAUGACAUCUCGCCUCUAGAAAACCAUCACUGUUCAAUAGCAUUCCGUUUGCUGGAGCAUCCAGAGUGUAAUAUAUUCAAGAACUUUAGCCGAGACACUUUCAACACCAUUCGAGAGGGCAUCAUACGCUGCAUUCUGGCCACAGACAUGGCGCGCCACAAUGAGAUACUCACCCAAUUCAAAGAGGUGACCCCCAUCUUCGAUUACAGCAACCGUGCGCACAUCAAUCUGCUCUGCAUGAUACUGAUAAAGGUAGCGGACAUCUCGAACGAGGCUCGUCCCAUGGACGUGGCAGAGCCCUGGUUAGAUCGCCUCUUGCAAGAGUUCUUUGCACAAAGCGCUGCAGAGAAAUCAGAGGGACUACCAGUUACACCAUUCAUGGAUCCGGACAAGGUAAGCAAACCAGGUUCGCAGGUACGCUUCAUCGGACUGGUGUUGUUGCCCCUGUUUGAGGCUCUUGGUGAACUAGUUCCGGAGUUGACCGAACUGAUCAUCAUCCCCGUACGCAUUGCACUCGAGUAUUACAGGCGCCUGAACGAUGCACAGACCAAGACACGCAAGUCAGUAGCGGAUAGCAAUACGUCGGCCACGUCGGACAGUAACAGUGGCACUAUAGACUCUAAUGCGGCGACGAUGAACACCGGCACUGGCGGUGAAAAGAUUGUUUCAGACAGGACAAGCGGCACCGGUGCAGGUGGAACUGACGGCAGCGUUGCUGGUGGCGGUGCCUCGACGGGUAGUCUGUCACCUCAGAUGCCGCGAUCCGGCUCAGGCAUCAGUGUAAAGUCACGCCGCAGUAUACCCUCGCAGAAAUCGGCCUCGCGAACCUCGGUUGACGAGCCUGGUGGCAUGCCGGCGGAGCUCCAUGACCUUCCAGAGGGAAGCGAGAGCGGCGACUCCGAAACAGCCACCGAAGUCGAUGUCGCUGAGAAAACUUCAAAGUUUAAGGUCGAUACUGAAGGCAGUAGCAACCGUUCCAAAUCCUCACACUCCACCUCGCGUAAAUCAUCGCGUGAGAAGCGCCCUUCGAUGAUAGGCGAGAUGUGCAGCAGCGGCGGAGGACAACGCAUCCGCAACUCCUACGGCAACAUCCACGGAUACCACUCUAACCGCUGCCACUUCGGCUCAAACCGUGCCGUCAGUCUAGAUCAGUACAGUACCAAUAACCGACGGCUAUCGGAUGGCCUUCCUCAGGUCAUAUCCGACAGCAACGUCUUCUACGGCCGCCACAACCGCAGCAGUCUAGAGAAGGCGGACACUACCACGGCUGGCGCCCGUCAUCAGGAGGAUCUAAAUAUGAAUGCAAUGCAGCAGCAGCAGAGCCCGGUACAACAUAUGCACCAACCUCUAAUGCAGGUGCUCUCCCAUUUGGAAGACAGAAGGGAGGGUGUGGGAGGCGACAGCAACAUCUGCGUAACUUUGCCGCCCGCGGUUAGCGUGCCAGCGCCGAUUCCUGAAGGCGAUCGCAGCGCUUCCAACGGCAAUAUCUCUCCUACACAGGCGCUAGAAGCUCUGCAAGAAGCAUCCUUGACAGCGGCCAGUAGCAGCCGAGCCGGUAGCGCCUCCUCUACUUCAUGGAAGUCACGUCUGCGUCAGUUCUCAGACUACUUCAGCUUUAGUUUCGAUAAGGGCAACAAACGAUUUGGCAGCACCCGGAGCAGUCCUUGCACCGUGCGCAGCAGCAGAAACAACAAUGCGAACGGAGGAGGCGCCAGCGGAGCCGGCAAUAUGACCGACCGACCGUCCGACGGACUAGAAACUAAGCUGCAGGCUACCUGCUGCACCAUUUCCAACAGCAUGCAAUCGGCAGGAGGGGCCUCCAGCACAAUAGCUGGGGCUGGCAAGCCAAACGAGUUGCUCGCCCAAGUCGGUCGUCAUCGUGCCUACAGCUUAGAUGUACCCUGCAGCCGGAGCGUGGCUCGCUACUCGUCAAGCAGUGGCGGUGGCGGCGACAGCAGCCACAAAUCGUCGCGACACGAAGGCAGCGGUGGGGACGAGGAUAACAGCAACAACACACUCCACAGCAGCAGCGGUGCUGGCAGCGAUCUGCCCGGCAUACGCAUUGGCAGCGCCGAGACCAGCGAGGCUAUUGUGUUGCCUCCCGUGAAGCCCAGUCUGAGCAUCGAACUAGGACUGGCCAGUGCGUCGGCAUCAUCUUCGGAGGCGGCGCCAAAAAUUUGACAACAGGGGAGCUCCGACACCACCACCAACAACUCGCUGUCGAACCAUGGCGCUUUCGUUUCGCUGCUGCAGCACGAGCAGCGGGACGUCCAGGAGGUCAUCGGAGGUGGUGAAGGCGAGGACGGUGAUGCAGACGGAGAUGGAAACGGCGAUGACGAACAGCAGCGGCUAAACCGUCAUCUCCACCAUGGCUCCAGCUGCGAGGUAUCGUCCAUGUCAAUGACGGUUUGGUCGGCCAUUGGUCAGCGAUUAAAUGCGCUUAUCUGUCAUUGUUGUGAGCGGAAACUGCCGGAACCGGAGCCGGAAAACGUGUAAGCUGCAAAGGUGCAGAUUGAAUGCCUCAGUCUCUCUAAUCUCUAUCCCUACUUAUUUCUCGGAGUCAGUGUCCGUGCCCCACCGCCAUCGCUUCCUUUCUAAUUUAUUCAUAUGUAGUAUGUGUUGUAAUUGGCAGCAAUUAAGUUUUAUAUGUAUUACAAAUUAUUUAAAGGAUAUUUACUUGUAACCCGUUUUAUGUUUAUUACAUCGUACAUAUAUUGAGAAACAGAAACUUUUACAUAACCAUA